AUUUUACCCAGAAACGAUAACCGUCCUGGUAUGUUCGAGCAAGGGAGGGAGGCAGGGAGGGUGAGAGGGAAUUAGGAGAAUCCAUGGCGGUUGCGGAAGCGUGGGAGACGCUGAAGCAGGCGGUGGAGGCCUAUACGGGUCUGUCACCGGCUUCGUUUUUUACGGUUCUGGCUUUGGCAGCGGCGAUAUACUACACGGUGGCGGGGUUCUUCGAGACCCAGCCGCUGGCCCCGCAGCAGCGCGAGCGCGAGGCGGUGGAGCGAGAGCCCCUCCCGUCACCGGUGCAGCUCGGGGAGGUCUCGGAGGUGGAGCUCCUCGCCUACGACGGGUCCGACCGCAAGAAGCCGCUGCUUAUGACCAUCAAGGGUCAGAUCUACGACGUUUCGCAGAGCAGGAUGUUUUAUGGACCAGGUGGUCCGUAUGCAUUGUUUGCCGGUAAAGACGCCAGCAGAGCGUUAGCAAAGAUGUCAUUUGAACUGCAGGAUUUGACCGGCGAUCUCUCCGGUCUCAGUCCCUUUGAGCUCGAGGCCCUCCGAGACUGGGAAAAUAAGUUCAUGAGCAAGUACACGAAGGUGGGCACGGUUAAGCAGACUGUACCUGUGACGGUGACCGAGGGGUCAGAUGCUGGUGCACCCAAUGCGAUAGAAAAAGCUACUCCGGCCACCGAGAAUAUAGAAGACAGUCGAGCAGAUGAUGCAGCACAAACAAAGGAUGUUAAAGCACACCUUGUUGAUGACUCGUCAGAGCCUAAAGCAGCAGAAGCUAAUGAAAAUUAGCCCUCCGUCAGGUGAGGGUCAAGAGGGCAAACUACUUAUUAUCUGUUCCUUGUGAGUAGUGAAUUGGAUAUAUUUCUCAUUUCGGUAAUUAGUGUCAGGCCCUUAGAUUUAGGAAUAACAAAGAUCGGCAGGUUUUAAAUUCA